AUGGCAAAUUCAAAUGAAUAUACCAACGGUCAAACUCAAUUACAUUCUUUACAAUCACUAGAAGUGGUAGAAGAACUAUCCAAUUCAUCUAAUAUUACUGAUUUAUAUAAUCUUGAUCCUAUAUAUGGUUUAAACUCUUCAGAAUCGCUGCUAUCUGAUAUUGACAAUGUUUUCAUCGAUGGACUGGAGAAUUUUUUUGAGGAUAUUGAUACGUAUCUUUCUCCGCUAAGUGCUGAAUAUUCUGUACCUUAUCUACCGAAUGUUGGGUUGACUGAAACUCAAACACAUCAAUAUGAAAAUGAAACACUUCAUAUUAUUGCUGAACCAAAAGCAUUUUAUCGUGGACGAUAUUCAAGUGAAAUUAGUAAACAAAAGAAUCCAGUACAACGUUUUAUUCGUAGUGAAAGCAAGAAUCCAAAAUAUAUGUAUCCAACAGUUAAGAUUCCAACACAAUGGUGUCAAUCAAAUCGACAAUUAUAUAUUCGAGUUACAUUAGUUACUGUAAUCAGUAACACAGUAUCUCAACAUUAUAUUCAUCCGUAUCAAAUUUCUACAUCAGAUAAUAGUGCUAUUGAAAAUUCAUUGGAGAAUUCACUUUAUUUUCGUAUAAAUGAGAAGGAAAUAAAUACAGGUGAAAGAAGUAUUCAUCUUAUUGUAGAAAAGAAGAAAAAGGAUGAAUUGAAAUCAUAUGGACCUAUGCGCUUAUUUAAUCAACAUGUUAAUCAACAUUUUCAACAACCAAACGAUCCUAAAGAUAUCAUUGAUACUUAUCAACUGAAAAAAUCUCAGUUAAUUUUUACCAUUGCUGAACGUUUUGAUAACAAUCCAAUUCCUGUUUCAGUGCCAUAUACAUCAGUGGUAUCACAAAUUAUGACUGACAUUGCAAAUGAUACACAAAAAUCAUUUAUGAUUCAUGCAGCCGAUACAUUUAUUAGAACAAUUCAAUGUAUACCACAAAAAGCUGAUUGGCAAGGUGGUGAUCAAAUAUUAAUUAUUAUGCCAUAUCUUAUCAAACAAAAAGAAUAUUCGGUUGUAUUUGAUUUUGGUUCAUGUGGAAAACUAUCUGCUUAUGAUAUUAAAUCUUUUGAUCGAAAAAUACUCUCAUUUCGAGCACCACCAUGUCAAUU